AUCUUCAUCUAUGAUUUGACGAAGCUUUAUUUAAGAAAAAGUCUUGAUUUUUCGCUAUAUAAUUGGUAACGCAAGUUGCGUUAUUCAGCUCGUUCAAGUAUACCUGUUUGUAAGAGAGAAGAAGCGAGUUAAGAAUGGAGAGUACUUUGAAGGAAAUGAGGGACGGGGCUUCAGUCCUGGACUUGGACCCCGAAUCCACCUGUGGCGGCGGCGUCGAGGACGUGUACGGCGAGGAUCGUGCUACCGAGGACCAGCUCGUCACCCCCUGGACCUUCUCCGUUGCCAGUGGAUAUUCUUUGUUGAGGGAUCCCCAGUACAACAAAGGACUUGCAUUUACUCAAAAUGAAAGAGACUCCCAUUACUUGCGAGGGCUUCUUCCUCCGGCUGUUGCGAAUCAAGACCUUCAGGAGAAGAAGUUGAUGAACAAUAUCAGACAAUAUCAAGUUCCGCUACAAAAAUAUAUGGCCAUGAUGGACCUUCAGGAGAGGAAUCAAAGGCUGUUCUACAAACUUCUAGUUGACAAUGUUGAGGAGUUGCUCCCAGUUGUUUACACUCCAACUGUUGGUGAGGCUUGUCAAAAAUAUGGGAGCAUCUUCAGGCGCCCUCAGGGUCUUUACAUAAGUUUGAAUGAGAAGGGAAAGAUUCUAGAGGUGCUGAAAAAUUGGCCAGAAAGGAGUAUUCAAGUUAUUGUUGUGACUGAUGGUGAGCGAAUUUUAGGACUUGGGGACCUUGGUUGUCAGGGUAUGGGGAUUCCUGUAGGAAAAUUGGCUUUGUACACGGCACUAGGAGGGCUUCGUCCUUCAUCUUGUUUGCCUGUAACAAUUGAUGUGGGGACGAACAAUGAGGAGUUGUUGAAGAAUGAAUUCUACAUUGGUCUUAAACAAAGGAGAGCAACUGGGAAGGAAUAUUCUGACCUUUUGCAUGAGUUCAUGACUGCUGUCAAGCAAAACUAUGGGGAAAAAGUUCUUGUACAGUUCGAAGAUUUUGCAAACCACAAUGCUUUUGAUCUGCUAGCGAAAUAUGGAACCACUCAUCUUGUCUUCAACGACGAUAUACAGGGCACAGCUUCUGUCGUUCUUGCUGGAGUUGUGGCUGCUUUAAAUUUGAUUGGAGGCUCUUUGAAUGAGCACAAGUUUUUGUUCCUUGGUGCUGGGGAAGCCGGAACUGGUAUAGCAGAGCUUAUAGCUCUUGAGGUUUCAAAGCGGACAAAGGUUCCUGUGGAAGAGACACGAAAGAAGAUCUGGCUAGUGGAUUCAAAGGGAUUGAUUGUUAGCUCUCGCAAAGAGUCACUUCAGCACUUCAAGCAGCCUUGGGCUCAUGAACAUGAACCUGUCAAGGAUCUCCUAAGUGCUGUCAAGGCAAUUAAACCAACAGUUCUCAUUGGAUCAUCUGGGGUUGGAAGAACAUUUACAAAGGAAGUGAUCGAAGCUGUGUCCUCCUUCAAUGAGAAACCACUCAUUCUGGCUUUGUCUAAUCCAACCUCACAGUCUGAAUGCACAGCAGAAGAAGCUUACACUUGGAGUCAGGGCGGUGCAAUUUUCGCUAGUGGAAGUCCAUUUGAUCCUGUUGAGUACAAUGGGAAAGUCUACGUUUCUGGACAGGCCAACAAUGCUUACAUCUUCCCUGGAUUCGGCCUUGGUUUGGUAAUCUCCGGAGCUAUCCGUGUACAUGAUGACAUGCUUCUGGCAGCCUCUGAAGCCUUGGCAGGACAAGUCUCAAAGGAGAAUUAUGAAAAGGGACUGAUCUACCCACCAUUUACUAACAUCAGAAAAAUUUCUGCCAACAUUGCUGCUAGUGUUGCUGCCAAGGCAUAUGAACUUGGAUUGGCUACCCGUCUCCCUCGUCCGGCGGAUCUUGUCAAGUAUGCUGAGAGUUGUAUGUAUACUCCUAACUAUCGCAACUACCGGUGAACAGUCAGACUCACUUUGAUCUGGCGCGUUGGAGCCUUGUUUUAAACUUCACAAUAAGAGCUAUAUCAUGGUAGUGUGUUCUUUGUUUCCAUCAGCUUUAACGAAUAAACAUCUGAAUAACAAGUUUGAAAGUGUACCUUUGUUCAGUGAGAGGAUGGUUUUUGUACAUGAACUCUACUAUGUGUAAUGGCUUAAAUUUAAUAAAAUGUCUUCAGCUUCUUUCCUAA